AUGCCGUUCCGACUUUACAAGUACCGAACUGACUGGGAAUUCCUCUGCUUUUUUGGUCGAUAUUCAGGCUGCAGUACCUGCCGCCGUCGCAAAGUAAAAUGCGGCGAAGAGCGCCCCAUUUGCACACGAUGUCUGAACCUAAACCUCAGCUGCGAGUGGGGGGUGCCAGUCAAGCGCGGGCGCAGCACCCAGAUUCGACAUCUUCAACCAGCCCCGACGAGCACACCCGACCAGAUUGCUUGGUCUACGUCUGAGCUAAGUGACGCGGUAGCUCUCACGCCGGAUGGGUUACUCAAUGGCCUCUCCCCGAUUUCCUGGCCAGGCGACUCGCCGAUUGUAGAACAACCCCAGUCGACAUCAUUCUUUCCACCCGUCGCACCGGCCCCAUUCUCGACUCCCCUAUACCCACCAUUGAGCGUCAACGAGAUCGCCUGUGCCAAUUCCCUCACCCUCACCGAACAUGACCAAAAGUACUUUCAAUAUUUCCCCUCUUCCUCGAUCAUCUACUAUUAUAUGAAAGGAUGGAAUUGGAGCAGCUUCUGCUACCUAUAUCAAGGCCCCGCUGCCACCAACAAGGUGAUCAUGCGAAUGUUUCUCGCCAUGGCUGCCAGUGAUAUGCAUCGACAGGGGCUAGUCGUGAGAUCCCCCGGUCGGCCUACCGCGGAAGAUCAUGGGCGUUAUCAUUACAGCCUAGCUGUCAAGGAGUUCCGUCAGCUUCUGGAGACUCCUCGGCGAAGCGUCUCUGUCGAGGAGCUAGAGAUUAUCUUUGCCACCAUGUUUCUCAUGAUCACAUAUGAAUGGCAGUUUGGACAUUCUGUCCGCCACCUCCAGUUACACCUUCAUGGGGUGCGAUCACUUUUGGAGUCGCAUCCGCAGCUCUUUCGGCUCAAAGAUGUCAAUGACGUGUUCCUGUCUCCAGAGGCCGAAAGCCCAUCCUCAGAGGAUGCAGUGAUCUCCAAAGUGUCUUUUAUUCCGGAGCAAUUCUUGCUGUGGACACUAUACAUCGAUGCAAGUUGCCGACCGAUGGGGCUGACCGAGUCACUAUAUGACUAUAUCGUCCAAUCCAAAAAUCCAGCACUUCAUCCAGAUCACUUGCAUCGUUGCGCACGUCUAUGGGGUCGCUGCUUCUGGGGAGAGCAGUACCCAGAUCAAGAGGUUCUGGACGACAUUGAAAACUACAGAGCCUUGGAGCUGUUGCAUGCCGGGUUCUGUUUCCGCCAUCGAACCUGGAAGGUCCUCGUAGACUCUACGGGAGGCACCGACACUACCGACUCCCUUUAUAGUGAAAUCAUCUCUACUCGCGAUAAAUUCUCCGAUCUCUUCAUUACCGCAAAAUUUGCCGGCGCUGUUUCGGCACGACGCACACUCAACACGAUAUACAUGGCCGUGUGCACUUUUUACGCGCAAAUCAUUCUGCAUCGCCGACUCCUCUGCGUUGACAGCCUCCCCGCACCCCUGCACAGGCAAGCCACGGCCGGCAUCGUGGACAUUGCCCGCAAACAGUUUGCAUCCGAUCCCCGACUGCUACGACGCCUGCAUUGGCCUCUGUUGAUGGCUAUCAUCGAGACAGAUGACGCUGGCCACCGUGUAUGGCUCCGGCAACGGUUGUUCGAGCUGCGUGAUACCCACUCAGAGUACAUCUGGGCCAACGAAGUGGCCGAUCAGAUCCUGGCCCAGCAGGACGUGAGUCAGGGCUGCUACGCCAAUCUCGCCGAGCUGCUCCUCCAACGGCUUCAAGUACAAUGA